GGCUGCGUUCUUUCGUGUCGCGCUAGGGUUUUCCUUUUCCUUCAUCCUUGAUCUCAUCCCCAAAUCCCUAGAAUUUCAUUUCCAAUCCACCUUUUUCCCCCAUUUUUUGAUGGGAUUUCGCACCCUGAUCUCCAUUGGUUUCCUUCACGAAAUCCAGUUUCAGAGUCCUUGAUUUUGCUGAGAUUUUUUUCCUUUUUUUUUUAAGAAUUUAUAGAGGGGGGAUGAGCGAGAACCCUGGCUCUGCCGGAGAGGUGAAGCCGCCGCCGGCGGGAGCAAUCCAGUAUGAUUCGGCCAUGGAUGCUUCCGGGGAGCACCAGGAGGUGCAGAUGUACGGGCGCGAGAGGCAGGAGAUGAAUGGGGAGGAGCAUGACGGUGUGGCAGAGGUGGAGGGGAUGGACGCCGACCAUCCGACGGAUCUCUCCAACCUCGGCGACCACAUCGGGUUAAUAGUGCCGCCGAUCGGGAGUAACCAGCUCACUCUUUCGUUCCAGGGAGAGGUCUACGUUUUUGACUCCGUUUCUCCAGAAAAGGUUCAAGCUGUGCUGUUGUUGCUGGGUGGACGUGAGAUUGCGGGAGGGUUGGGUUCUUUGCCGUCUUCUUCCCAUUCCUACAAGCGCUCCAACUUUCCUCAGAGAGUUGCUUCGUUGAUGCGGUUCCGCGAGAAGAGGAAGGAGAGGAACUUUGACAAGAAGAUACGGUACACUGUUCGGAAGGAGGUGGCACUCAGGAUGCAGCGGAACAAGGGCCAGUUCACAUCAUCAAAGUCAAAAACAGAGGAUGUAACAAGUACUACAAGCUGGGAUACUUCUCAACGUUGGGGUGCUGAUGAUCGACCUCAAGCAGCAGUGGCAUGCCAUCACUGUGGAAUUAAUGCAAAGUCAACUCCAAUGAUGCGUCGUGGACCUAAUGGACCUAGAACCUUAUGUAAUGCAUGUGGACUAAUGUGGGCAAAUAAGGGAACACUCAGAGACCUUUCAAAGAACCCAACUCCACCACCCCCGCUUUCCCUGCCAGAACUGAAGGAAGGGAAUGGAACUUCAGAGGCCAGAGUUGAGCAGCAACCCUCUGUAAUCACUGCCAACGGACACAACAUGUCAUGAGAGAUUUCGGUCACCCAUCAGGAAACAAGAAGAGGAUGGGCCGGGGAUCAGGAUCAGUUUCGGACUCUGGCAAUCUGCCAUUCAUGUAUGUACUAUAUGGUUCUCUCCACUAGAGGUUUAGUUGUUAUUUUAUCUCAAUCAUCCCCUUGUAUGACCCACUGCUUUGGGAUUUAGCAGAUGAAUUAAUCUUCGUGUUCCUUCUUUUUUUUAUCUCAUUGGAAUCUUUGGUGAAGAUUAAUUUUAGCUCAACUCUCAUUGUAUGUA